GUGGAGGAGGAGGAGACAGAAACAAAAUGGCGAUGCCCAUUCGGUUAGCCGGGAAUAGGGAAUAAAGGGUAUUUUGCCCUUUUGUGCAGAACUACCAUUUGCUGCAGAAUGUGGCUCAUCUGCCAUCGAUUCCUUGCUUGUCCCUCAUGUUGGCGAAGCCAAUGUAAUGGAGCACAGGGCCUAGUUACAUGGCAGAAGAGGCUAGUUCCAGGAGGCAUCCGAUUUAUUUAUAGCGAUACGGGAAAAUGGGGAAAAAAAUAUAACCUCGAGACUAGGAAGAGAGUGGAAAGUUGGUGGCAUGCAAGAAUAAAGGAACGGUAUGACACACCUGCAGGAAUAGAUAAAUCAAGACCAAAGUUUUACGUCCUGUCAAUGUUUCCAUACCCUUCUGGGAAGCUUCACAUGGGCCAUGUUCGCGUCUACACCAUCAGUGACACCAUUGCACGGUUUCAGAAGAUGAGGGGAUUGCAGGUGAUCAAUCCAAUGGGAUGGGAUGCAUUUGGAUUACCUGCAGAGAAUGCGGCAAUCGAGCAUGGAUCACACCCAGCAAACUGGACACAAAGUAAUAUUCAACAUAUGAGAAAGCAGCUUGAUGCACUAAACUUGUCUUUUAGCUGGGAUCGGGAAAUAACCACUUGUUUUCCAGAUUACUAUAAGUGGACACAGUACCUUUUUAUCAAACUUUAUGAAGCUGGAUUAAUUUACCAAAAUGAGGCCAUGGUUAAUUGGGACCCCGUGGACCAGACUGUUCUCGCUAAUGAACAGGUGGAUGAAAAUGGCUGUUCGUGGCGCUCGGGAGCAAAAGUGGAAAGGAAGUAUCUCAGACAGUGGUUUAUCAAAACAUCCGUUUAUGCAAAGGCCAUGCUUGAUGCUUUGCCAGGGCUCCCCAAAUGGUAUGGAAUAAAAGAAAUGCAAGCAAACUGGCUAGGGGAUUGUGUUGGAUGCUAUUUUGAGUUCUCGUUAAAGGUUAAUAACAAGCCAACAGGAGAGACAGUAGCAGCAUAUACCUCUACUCCUGAAGCCAUAUAUGGAGCUUCUCAUUUGUAUAUCUUACCUAGCCACUGGCUGUUGCAAGGAAACAACUGUCUAAAGGAAGUCCUCAAGAAGGAGUUUGUACCUGGCAAAGACUCUCUUACUUCAGUGACUGCUGUUAAUUUGCUCACCAAUCGGGAAGUCCCAAUAGUCAUAUCAGCAAAAUCAGAGUUUGAAGGCUAUCUUGACACUAUAAUAGGAGUCCCUUGCAUGAGGCCAGAUGAUGCUGAAGUUGCUAGGAAUUUAGGACUGGCUUUUGAAAAUGUUAUUGAAACUUUGCCGGGUGGCUCAGAGAAACUAGCCAGCUCUGGAGAGUUUACAGGUAUGAGUAGACAAGAAGCCAUGAAUGCCAUUACCCAGAAAGCCAGAAAUAAAGGAGUAGGAGGGCAUCUAACAAGCAAUAAAUUGAAAGAUUGGCUAGUAUCACGACAGCGUUAUUGGGGAACACCAAUUCCCAUAAUCCACUGCCCGAACUGUGGUCCUGUUCCCGUGCCUUAUGAAGAUCUCCCUGUGAGGUUGCCCAACAUAACAGCCUUCACAGGAAAAGGUGGCUCACCUUUAACUUCUGCUUCUCACUGGAUAAACUGCUCAUGUCCAAGGUGUAAAGGGCCUGCAAAGAGGGAAACAGACACCAUGGAUACUUUUGUUGAUUCUGCUUGGUAUUAUUUAAGAUACACCGAUCCUCAUAACUCUGACAGACCUUUUCGUAAAGAAUUGGCAGACUAUUGGAUGCCUGUGGAUCUGUACAUCGGAGGAAAGGAGCAUGCCGUUAUGCAUCUGUACUACGCCCGCUUCUUCAGUCAUUUUUGCCAUGAUCAAAAGAUGACUAAGCACAAAGAGCCUUUUAAUGAGCUGUUAGUUCAAGGGCUUAUCAAGAAUCGGACAUUCAGGCUCACAACAACGGGCCAGUAUUUGAAGAAAGAAGAAAUUGAUCUUACUGGUCCUGAACCUGUUCACAUACAAACCAAAGAGAAGCUGCAGGUGACAUGGGAGAAGAUGAGCAAAUCCAAAUAUAACGGUAUAGAGCCUGAGGAGAUAGUCCAGACAUAUGGAAUUGAUACUGUCCGGCUCUACCUCCUCUUUGCUGCCCCUCCAGAGCAAGACAUCUUAUGGGAUGCAAAAACUGAUGCAAUCCCUGGGGUGCAGAGAUGGCAAUCUCGCCUCUGGCACUUAGCAACCAAACUUAUUGAAGCCAGGAAUUCUGGAAUGCUGCCCAGUCCUCAGCUCCUGAAUCAAAAAGAGCAAGCUGAAGCCAAAGGUAUCUGGAAGCAGAAGAACCUUGUGGUCUCCGAGGUAACAGGAUACUUCCUGAAGGAUUACUUAUUUAAUGCUGCAAUUUCUCAGCUGAUGAGCCUCAGUAAUACAUUGUCGCAAGUUUCUCCUCGGCUUAUUCUCCACAGUAUGGAAUUUGAAGAUGCUUUGGCAACUCUCUGUGUUAUGCUUGCCCCGAUGGCCCCAUAUAUAACUUCAGAGAUCUGGAAAGGCUUGUCUCACAUUCAGAACAAGCUUUGCACUCAUCACCACUGGGACAUGGAUGUACUGCAGCAACCCUGGCCCACAGUGGACCCAGAAUAUUUUCAGCAGCCAGAUGUAGUGGAAGUAUUGGUUCUGAUCAAUAACAAACCCUGUGGUAAAGUUUGCGUACCUCAGCAAGUAGCCCGAAAUGCAGAAGUCGUUCGUGAACUGGUUGUCCAGAGUAAGCUGGGGUCUGAACACCUCCAAGGACGUACUAUUACAAAAUCCUUCUUGUCUCCCAGAACUGCCCUCAUCAGCUUUCUAGUCCAGGAAUAAUGGAUUGAUAUAUUUGUUAAAGCUAACUGUCUAACAAUGGCUGUUGGAAUUCAUUAAAAGAAGACUGAUUAAAAAUAGAAAGGACAUUUGUUCAAAACAUACUUCAGACAUGAUGGAGAAAAGUAAAAACGUUGCUAGAAAAAUGUUUAUCCUAUCACUCUCCAUUUAAAAGAAAAAAUAGUGGAAGCACUCAAGGCACCCCUUCUAAUCAGGAAAGAAAACUACUUCGAAAUAUUCUCCAGCUUGAGUAAAGAUGCUGCAGAGAACAGAAAAGAGAAAGAAAAGAGUGAGGGAAAUGAUACAAGAUCUCAAAUGUAUAAAAUCCAUAAGCAAUUCUACAAAUUUCUCUUUGGCUCUGUUUUUAAAAUUGUGUAAGAAAACAGACUUUUAUCUGUGUCUGACUGCUGUGCAUAAGUGUCGCAGGGAACAUUUGCUACACAGUAACUUGUAACAGUAAUAAAUAAUUAGCAGUAAUGUUAUUUUUUCCCUCUCAAAGCAGGAAAGUGACUUGUAAUUCCAAAGCAAAAAUUAUAUUCAAGAGGAGUACUUUAAAAAAAAAAUGUAAAAGAGAGACAUUUUCAGUGGAUUGUUCCAGAAGCAGUGUCCACUGUUAAAAUCCACUGUUUCAUUUCUCGGUUCUGUUCCUGCUUGCUCAGUAGCCAUCCUAAAUCCCCAAUAAAACACU